GUUUGAAUGCUCUUCAAAAUGCAAUAGAGAGAAAAAAAUUGAAAAUUGGCAGGUCUUUCUACCAGAAAGUAGUACUGGAAUAAGCCCCCUUUUCAAAAUUUCGAAUGAAAAAUUGAUAACAGUAUCAUUUUUUGUUUGCGAAAAUGCGAAAUGUCGAGUAAAUUUUGCUUCCCACGCCGGUAAAAGUGAAAAAUAAUUAAAUAAAUUGUAAUUAUUGGUCCUAAACGAAUGAGAUAGUGAUUUCUGCAUUCUGCAUAGAUCAUUGAUGCUAUAAAUCAUAACUUCAUCCAUGGCCGCCACACACGAAUUAUCACUGACCUCAACUAAAAAUGAGUUGAUUAAUCUAUUCAAAGGGUCGAACUUCGAAAACCCCAGUGAAAUAACCAGCAAAAUACCCGCAUUAUCCCCUAAAAAUGCCGAAUGCAAAUCAUUGAUUGAUCAAAUAUUCAGAGAAUAUUUAUUACCAUUGAUAUCCAACUGUGACGUGGAGAUGUUAAAGAAAUACAUACGUUAUAAUAUCGAAGCUUGCAGAUUAGAUCUUUGCACAUCCAGUACGCCUGUGGUUCUGCUGGGAGAUGUUUUCGAUAUGUCAACUUUGGAUUUCUGUGAAAACUUAUUCACAUUUGUUGAGACCAACGUUAAUGUAUGGAAAGAAGAUCUCUUUUUUGGACCCUGUAAAAAUAAUUUACUACGGAUGUGCAACGAUUUGCUCAGGCGUCUAUCGCGAUCCCAAAAUACUGUAUUCUGUGGUAGAAUUCUUUUAUUCUUAGCUCAAUUUUUUCCAUUCUCUGAAAGAUCUGGGCUGAACAUUGUGAGUGAAUUCAACGUGGAGAAUAUUACUGAUUAUAGCAACGAUGGAGAUUUGGAAUCUCUUAGCGUGGAAGAGAGUAGCGAUUCAAAUGACACGAAGGUCGUUGUAGACUACGCUUUGUACUCCAAGUUCUGGUUUUUACAGAAUUUCUUUCGAUGUCCUAAUGAUUUAUACAUUCCUCAGAAAUGGUUAAUGUUUUCUACGCAUAGUAAAUAUGUCCUGAAUACGUUGAAACACUAUAAACUAGAUGGCAUGUCAGCAAAAUCCAGUGUUUCAAGUUUACUUCAAGAAAAUGAAAAUGAACACCGAUACUUUGCUAAAUUUCUGACCAAUCAGAAGUUAUUGGAGUUGCAAUUGAGUGACUCGAAUUUUCGACGCUAUGUAUUGGUUCAGUUUUUAAUUCUGUUCCAGUACUUGACAUCAACAGUGAAAUCUAAACCAGAGAAUUGCAAAUUGAAACCAGAUCAAGUUGAAUGGAUUGAGAAAACUACCGUCAUUGUGUAUGAUCUCAUAAAAGAAACGCCUCCUGAUGGUCCUGAAUUUUCGGAAAUCGUCAAGAAAAUCCUUCUGCGAGAAGAACGUUGGAAUAAUUGGAAGAAUGAAAGCUGUCCCGAAAUCAAGAAACCUAAUACUGCUUUUUUGAAUUUCGAUCACUCAGAAAAACCUCGCGAAAAAUUUGUCGGUGAUUUAUUAAGAGAUGCCUGUGCUCAAAAGAAGUAUUUUAUGGGAAAUCCUAGAAUGACCAGACUUUGGAAUCAUAAACCAGAUAAUAUGGCAGCGUGUAGAAGUAAAGAACGUGAAUUCCUACCCUCGCUUGAAAAUUAUUUCGAAGCAGCAAUUAUGGAAUCGGAUCCUGCCGCCAUGAUAGAAACUCAAUACAAGAAAGUGAGCGAUAUAGAUUUUGCGUGGCGAGGCUUACGUUUAUUAUCUCAAAAAUGUCCAUACUUUUUCGCUCAAAGUAAUAAUCCCAUUUCCAAAAUGUCUGAUUUCUUGGAAAAUAUGCUGAAUAAAAUUUCCAAAGAUAAACCUACCUUGCCUGGAACUGCGGAGGAAAAAUCAAAAGAUUUCACCGACGUUGAAAGUCAGGAUGUGAUUAUAAAUACAGACGGCGGUGAAGAAGCAGAAGUAGCUAACGAAGAAUCCCAUAGUCAAGAAGAACCAAUGGAAGAAGAAAGUAAUGAGAAGACACCUCCAACUAAAGAAAUAUUGCAUCAAAUUUCAAAAGUCGUUACAUCAAAGUGGCAAGAGCUAGCUUUGAAAUUGGGUUAUACGAGAGAUGAGAUUGAGUUCUUUGCGGAGAGACCGGGAGAUGAUGGAGAGAAACGAUCUGAGCAAGGUCUUGCCGAAUAUGUACUGACAAUAUGGUCCGAAGACGAUGACGAUCCAAGCGCUGAAAAUUUAUCUUCCAUUUUAGAAAGUUUAGAAAUGACAGAAGCGCUGAAUAUUCUGAAAUCGGCUGCUAAAUAGCGACAAUUAUUGCUAAAUUAUGAUUUUAUACAUUUUUUUGUAAUUCGAAGAUUUGUGGAUUUUUUUGUAUAAUAAUUGCAGUUUUUUACUCUUGAAUUGAGUGCAUUUUUCGUAAGUAAUAGGUAUAUGUGAUGAUUUACUCAAUAAAAUGUAAUACGUACAUGAAA